CUUUCUCCCUUUCUGUGGUUGAUUUUGGGUUUUUUGGAGGGAAAUUAGGGUUGAGAGUGAGAAUGUAUUGAGGGUACUCGAAUUGUUAAGGAUCCUGACUUCGUUCCUCCUCCCCCUGUAUGUAGAGAUUGAGAUGUCUUCAGACGAGGCUAUGAGUGUAGUGGGAAGUGAGGUAAUGCCCCUGGAGUAUGGUGGCAUGGAUUCGGAGACCAGUCCGUCUCCAACUAGCUCGGAGAGGACGGUGGGGAAUAUAAUGGAGCAAAAAGUAAUAGAAGAGGAGGAGGAUGAAAUCCCCUCAAAUAUUUUGGAGGCCGGGAGUGGCAUAGAUGGGUGUUAUGACCCAGAUUUAGAGGUAGUGGUCGAGGUGAGGGGAUUUGUGAGUGAGUUGGGUAGCAGGGAUAGUCUACGGGGUCUCGUGGGUAAUUGCAAUCUUCCUCAACAUGUCCUACUUAGACUUGCCGGGGUGAAUGAGAGGGCGUGCUCAGCACCCCGAGAUCAUUGGAUGCCCAUAUACCUGCAUUAUUUGAUUGCAGGGCUUAGGUUUCCCAUUCCAGAAUUACUGGUUGGGUUAUUAUUAGAUUAUAGUAUAGGAAUAACCCAGCUAACUCCCAAUGCCAUGAGGGUAGUAAUAGGUUUUCUUGUAUACUGCAGAGUUCGGGGGGUUGGGUUUCCAACUGUAAAUAUGUUCAAACAUUUUUUUAUAAUUAAGGCUGGGGGUAGGGGGGAGAAGGGGUGGUACCACUUCGGUCCUCGGGCGUCCAGGAAUUUAUUCUCUCCUGGGCCGUCAUCCAUCAAAGGGUGGAAAGAAAAUUUCUUCUUUGUGGAUGACACCGAGUGGAGUAGGAGGGAUGCCGAAGUGGAACAGUUGUCUUCUUGGAAAGCGAAGAAAACCAAGCAGAACAACUAUAAGUUGAAUGAGGAUGAGGUGGAGGAGUUGAAGAAGCUGGUGAGGGAAGAUGGGAACGUAGUGGAUAUCUUGUACCUCACCAGCCAGGAGGCGAUAGAUGCUGCUGAGCUUUAUGGGCCAAGCUCAUUGGGGGAAGGUGGGUGGAUGUGUUUAAUGUGCCAUUUUGGUGCGAGCUUAACUAAUGUGUUCUAACAUUGAUGUUUGUUCUGCAGUUGAGAUGGACGAGUUCGUUGGUGCU